UUAUGGUCUUCCCUUUGCUGGAUUAACCUUAAUGGAGGCAGAGAAGAAGAAAACACCUAAGGCAAUCAUAGUGGGAGGAAGCAUAGCAGGCUUAUCAUGUGCCCAUGCUCUGAUCAGCACGGGGUGGGAAGUAACUGUGAUCGAGAAAUCUAUAUCUCCGCCGAGUGGCAGCCCAACAGGUGCAGGGCUCAGCCUUGAGCCCCAGGCAAGGGAGGUGAUUAACCGGUGGUUGGGGGAUCCAAGCAUCCUGCAUGAUAUCACUUUGCCUCUCACUAUUGAAUUGCAUCAGGCAGUUGAUAAAGAAAAGAAGACAAGUCGCUUAUUACUAAGAGACGAUAAUUUCACUUAUAGAUGUGCUCACUGGACUGACCUUCACUCUGUCAUAUACAAAGCACUAAUGCCAGACACAGUUCUGUGGGGUCAUCGCUUUCUUUCUUUAUGCAUUUCUAAUGACAAGGCUUCCGUUGUGGUCAAACUUGAAGUUCUGCAAACUAAUGAGAUCAAGGAAGUGGUGGCAGAUUUAUUGGUAGCAGCAGAUGGUUCCCUGUCAAUGAUACGGCAUAAUUUUAUUCCUGAUCAUAAACUGAGGUACUCGGGGUACUCAGCAUGGAGAGGUGUAUUUGAUUUCGAAGAAGAUGAAAGAUCAGACGUCAUUCUUGGCAUAAAAAAGGCCUAUCCAGAACUUGGAAAUUGUCUAUAUUUUGAUUAUGCAAAUGGAAACCAUUGCGUGCUUUUUGAACUUAGAAAGAAAAGGCUCAACUGGAUUUGGUAUUUUGAUGCACCUGAACCAAAUAGGGAGGGAAGCUCGGUGACCCAAAAGGUGAGCAACGACAUGAUCAAUGCUAUGCACAAAGAGGCCAACAAAAUAUGGAACCCAGAAUUAGCUAUGCUCAUGAAAGAAACCAAGGAGCCUUUCAUCAAUGUGAUCUACGAUAGCGAUCCUCCACCACAACUAUGCUGGGACAACGUAGUGUUGGUAGGAGAUGCUGGUCAUCCAACAACUCCCCAUGCAUCAAGAAGCACUAACAUGUCGAUCCUCGAUGCAGAAGUCUUAGGCCUCUGCAUCAAGAAGUGGGGGCCAGAGAAUUUGGCUAAGGCUCUGCAAGAGUUUCAGGCAGUACGACAUCCUGUGGUUUCUGAGCAAGUUUUGUGUUCUCGGCGAAUGGGUCUACUGAAACAAGGUUUGCCUAUUUCUGAUGAUGAUAAGGUUUUUGACCCGUGCACUGCUGAUACUGAUGAUUGUUGGGUGAUUCAACAUAGGAAUAUUCCUUUUUAUGAGUGUGUUCCUACCUCUAUUUGAUCUUAUUUCUUCAGUUCAUUGUGGAUGGAAUUGCUAUUAUGGUGUGUAUGACGAUGGAAUUACUAUUAUGGUGUGUAUAACUUCAGUAUCUUUUGUGUAAAGAGUGGUUCGAAUCUUCUUA